AUGUGGACUGUGUCAAUCUCAAGGCAGGAUACCCAUCCCCAGCAGCUCAACAUCUGCAUAUCCCUCCAUUCCUGCUCAGCCCCUUCCCUCUCCUUGUCCUCCCUCUCUUCUCUCCAACCCCUCCAUUCUCCCCCCCUCUCUCACCAACAGGGCGCGGACUGUGAAGAUCUCAAGACAGGUCAGGAUGUGGAUUGUGAAGAUCUCAAGGCGGGUCAGCUGCUCAACAUCUCCAUUCCCGCCUCGGCUCAAGUCUGCCGCGUUCGCUACUCUGUCACCCAGGUGCGUUACAUGUCACCCAGGCGGGCGCAGCAACAAAGAGCUGUGAUCCCAUCAGUGCUCUACCUCGCGGAUGCAGCAGCAAGGACCUGUGAUCCCAUCAACGAUCGCUUCGGCAUCGACGUGACGACCAUCAACCCCAGCCUCGACUGCACAAGCCUCGUGCCUAACCAGCAGGUGAGGCGAGUGGUGGGGUGUGGUUCCAGUGGUGUAGCAGGUGGUGAGGGAGAUCUCACUCUUGUACGACCUGUGCUGUGCCAAUGCCGUGAAUUGAUCUGCAUUCAGGCGGGGGACGCGGUGUCAGGAGCAGCGGAUUACAACCUGUGCACGAGCUACCUGCCGGUGAACGAGUGGACCACCUGUGCCAACGCUGUGGAGUGGUACGGCCUCUCCUGGUUCGACCUCUACCAUCUGCAUCGCCGGCACGCCUUUGGGAGCGGUGGCGUGCGGUAA